CAUUGAUGCAUCUGAGAGCUAUAUUACAAAUUGUGGUUGCAAUUUCACUAUUACUGAGCUAUGCCAAAAUUGAAGCAAGACAAAGACUAUCUAAGGUUGAAGAUUUGGAAUUGGAGAGGCAAUUGAAGCUUAUAAAUAAACCAACUAUCAAGACGAUUAAGGGAAAAUAUGGAGAAAUAUAUGAUUGUGUAGACUUUUACAAACAACCUGCAUUCGACCAUCCUCUAUUGAAGAAUCACAAUUUUCAUCCCGAGAUGAAACCUACCUUGCCCAAUUUACAAGGAGAUGACACUUCAUCAAACAUUAACAAACCUUUUAACAUAGGGUUAAAAGGCGGAGGUUGUCCUACUGGAACAGUUCCUAUCAGAAGAAUUACUAAAGACGAUCUAAUACGACAAAGACUCUUAUCACAAAUUAGAGGCGAAGAUGAGUCCCCUAAUGGUGAUGGUAUAGAAUCCAGUGUUUUAGAUCGAAACAACUCAAGUACACCUUUUAAAGGAGGACGCAAGUUUGCAACAGUGCAAAUCCCAUACAACUCAACAAACAAAAUAACAGGAGCUGGGGCAAUUAUUAGCUUACAUAAUCCUCAAAAUCUUAGUGGACAUCAAUUUAGUGCUGGUCGUAUUAAGGUUCAAAAUGGGAUCGAAAGCAUACAAGUCGGUUGGAUAACAGAAAAAUUAGCUUGUUUUAAUACUCGAUGUCCUGGAUUUAUUCAUAUAAACACUGCAAUACCUUUAGAUGGAGAUCUUCCUGGCUCUACUUAUGGUGGACCUAUUUAUGAUGUACCAAUGUACAUUGCUCGUGACAUUUCAAAUGGAAAUUGGUGGUUUAAAUUUGGACCAAACUAUACAUCAGUUGGAUUUUGGCCAUCAAAGAUAUUUACAAAGUUAAAUGAAUUUGCAACAAGUGUUGAAUAUGGAGGAAUCGUAUAUAGUCCACCAGGUGUACCAGAACCUUCUAUGGGCGGUGGCUAUUUUCCAGUUGGAGACUUGAAAAAAGAUGGAUAUUGUAAGAAUAGUACCUACUUAACAGAUAAAAAUGAAACUAAAUCUUUAGAUGAUAUUGAAGUUAAAUUAUAUGCAAAUAGUCCAAAUUUGUAUAGAGUUACUGAUUAUCCAAACUCUGGGGUUGAAUCUGGUAAUUUAGUCCUAUAUGGAGGACCAGGUGAACAUAUAUAA